UGUUGGAAGGGGAAAGAAGCGACGGCACUGGAACGCGGCGCUGUUAACGCGCUCUCGGUGCAUUUCGCUCAGACAGACGGAAAGCGCAUCCCCGGCAGUGGAACCCUUUCCUCUGUGACAAAAUAAAAGGGACUAUUUUUUGUGCGCGCCCUUAAAAAGAACUUGACCGAGCAACUGUUUGCGGUUCUUCCUGUUUAAAUCUCCCGUUGCAACAGAAUUUGCCUUAUGAUCGGUAAUGCAGACCUGCAGCAACGAAGGCAACAUAUGACAAAUGCACAACAUCGUGUGUGUUUAUUUUCCGUAAACAGAAAAAUGUAGCCAGGACAUUCAUUUCGUGCAGGUGCCGCUGUGUAGUUUGUGGUGGUAGAAAAAAGCCGUUUCGCAGGCACAGACUGUGUGGGCUGCGAACUACAGUUACGCAGAACAGAAUGCUGUUUUCCUGCUAUUCUUCUCCACUUCUCUCAGCUUCCUGCUAUGGUGACUAGUAGCUCCCGCACUGGCGAGGAACACAGAUGCGAAUCUUAAACUCAGAAUGGUUCACUGAAACCAAGUAAUCAAUUGCACAAUAAUUUUCGACCAUCGCCUCUUCGUUACAACGGGAGUACCGUUUUGACUACUGAAACGCGCCGUGCUACUGAAUUUAAACGUGGAAAACUUUUUACAUUUUUAUUUAAAUUUUAUUACAGAAAGCCGCUUCGUUUCGAUUUUAUCCCAUUGAAACCUCGACCCUUGAGCAGAGGCAUACUUUUCUGUGGAACAGACAGGAUUGACUACCCGUUUACGCGUUGGCACACCUGGCACGUUUAUUUAAACAUAUACUGGAUUCAUUGAGCAGUACAUGUUAAAGGCGUUAAAGUUCACGCAUAAAUGUUAAUUUUGACGAUUUUUUUUAAAUUUUAUGUGCGAUCGACUUUCCUACACAUAUUAUCAUAAGUUCCUCAUGAGCCCACUAAACAGAACGGAAAGGUCGAGAGGUGUUUCAACGUGCGCUGUUUUCGGUUCCGUACAGAAUCAAAUCCGAAAAAGGUGCGACAAGUUACAUGGAGCCGCUGAAGAGCAUUUUUAUCCGCGGCCCACUGUCUAGCUGGAAAACUCUGGAACAGGCACCGACGGGCAAUUUCACCAACCCGGUGUGGACCGCUCUCUUCGACUAUGAGGCUACGGGGAAGGACGAGCUCACGCUCCGCAAAGGCGACCUGGUGGAGGUGCUGUCGCUGGACUCGGAGAUCUCCGGAGACGAGGGCUGGUGGGCGGGCAAGGUGAACAACAAAGUGGGCAUCUUCCCUUCCAACUACGUCUCCUUCAAGCCCAGCGGCUAUGGAAGUCUCCAGGGCCCGGCUGUGGUCGGGGACCUGAGCCCGGCCGACGUCGGGGGAUUCGAACCCGAAGAAGUGGAUUUUCGGGAGUUGAGCUUGGAGGAGGUGAUCGGGGUCGGCGGGUUCGGGAAGGUGUACCGCGGCACCUGGAGAGAGGAACUGGUGGCCGUGAAGGCGGCCCGCCAGGACCCGGACGAGGACAUCAGUGUGACGGCCCAGAACGUGCGGCAGGAGGCGCGGCUGUUCGCCAUGCUCACCCACCCGAACAUCAUCGCGCUGAAGGGGGUUUGCUUACAGGAACCGAAUUUGUGUCUGAUCAUGGAGUACGCUUCCGGGGGUGCCCUGAACCGGGCGCUGGCCGGGCGCCGCAUCCCCCCGCACGUCCUCGUUAACUGGGCAGUGCAGAUUGCGCGGGGCAUGUUGUACCUCCACAGCGAAGCGAUAGUGCCCGUCAUCCACCGGGACCUCAAAUCCAACAACAUUCUGCUGGCCCAGCCCGUAGAGAGUGAGAACAUGGAGGGGAAGACCCUGAAGAUCACGGACUUCGGGCUGGCGCGCGAGUGGCACAAAACCACCAAGAUGAGCACGGCGGGAACCUACGCCUGGAUGGCACCUGAGGUCAUCAAGUCCUCCACCUUCUCCAAGGGCAGCGACGUGUGGAGCUAUGGUGUGCUGCUGUGGGAGUUGCUGACGGGGGAGGUGCCGUACAGAGGGAUUGAUGGCCUGGCGGUGGCAUACGGCGUGGCCGUCAACAAGCUCACCCUGCCCAUUCCCUCCACCUGUCCCGAGCCCUUCGCAUACCUGAUGGCAGAGUGCUGGGAUCAGGACCCUCACCACAGGCCCAGCUUCGCCUCCAUCUUGGCUCAGCUGACGGCGCUGGAGCAGCAGGUGAUGGAGGAGAUGCCCCAGGACUCCUUCCACUCCCUGCAGGAGGACUGGAAACUGGAGAUCCAGGACAUGUUCGACGAGCUGCGAGCCAAGGAGAAGGAGCUGCGCUGCAGGGAGGAGGAGCUGCAGCGGGCUGCGCUGGAGCAGAAGUCGCACGAGGAGUUCCUGCGGCAGCGGGAGCAGCAGCUGGCGCAGUGGGAGCAGGACGUGUUCGAGAGGGAGCUCAGCCUGCUCAUCCUGCACCUCAGCCAGGACAGGCCCAACGUCAAGAAGCGCAAGGGCACCUUCAAGAAGCACAAGCUGAAGGGCCGGAGCAGCGACAAGAUCAGCAUGCCCCAGGAUUUCAUCCAUAAGAUCACGGUGCAGGCAUCUCCAGGGCCCGAGAAGAGGCACACGUUUCUGGACCUGAGUCCGGGGUCGCCCUCGUUCGGACCGAGGUUCCGGGCCAUCCAGCUCAGCCCCAGUGGGAACAGUCCAGCCUGGGGUCUCGCCUCUGUCCGCCCCCCAGAGGCCCCGCCCAUCAAACAGCUGGAUGGGGAGGCCCGACCCGCGGCCCAGAAGAGCCCCCAGAGCCCCCGGAACCACCGGAAACCCAAAGUCCGGCGCCACAGCUCACAGGAGAGCAGUCUGUCUAUGAGGGCCAAGCUGCUGGAGGUGGACAGCAAUCAGAACGGUCACUCAAUGACUGAUUUUGAGGAAUACAGACCCCCCACCCCAGAACCUGCCCCAGAUGGUUUCACCCUGAAAGAGCCCCCCAGGAGCGGUGUCUCUCAGGGAGACUCGGGCAGCGAGGGGGGGUGUCCGCAUGGUGCCCCUCCCUCACCUGCGGGCUCCCCUAGGACGGAGCGAGGCUCUGUCGGGGGGCUCCUAAAAUGCACCCACAGGGCCCUGCUGGACGGGGGCUCCUUGCUGGCGUCAGUCGCCUUGGGGCGCUGCAUUGAGGCACCCCCAAAAGUGCCCCCCAGGACCAACCCCCUCCCGCUGGAGCCCUCCAAGCCUGACCCCUCCCUCCAAGACCCCCCCACAGUGGAGGACCUCAUCACCUUCUCCCACUCCGACACCCUCCCCAGGCCACUUUUCGACUUCACGCUGACGCCCCCGGACUGUGGGCCCCCGCCUCUCACCCCGCCUCCCCCCGCCCCCCGUGACCGGCACAGACAGGCCCCGCCCAGGCUGGACCCCCCCGGGGCACCCCAGGAGCAGGAGGCUGGGGGAGAGCUCCCCUGUCACGGGGGAGAGGCGUGGCAGCCCUGGGGUUUUGGGGAAAACCGCCCGGGACCGCCCAGUCCAGACCCCUCCCUUCAUCUGGCCCUGGACCUCCCCAUGUGCUCAGACAGCCGGGAUCAGGACACCUGGAGCCCCCCUGUGCCCCCCCUCUGCAGCCCAAAGGCGCGUCGUGUGGAGGUGAGCGUUAUCCCACGGCCCCGCCCCUCUGCAGUGCGCCCCCGUAUCGAUCCUUGGAGCUUCAUCUCCUCCAGGGGCGCCGGGCGAGGGGGCGGUGGGCCCCUUCCUGACCCCCUCGGGCCUCGGCCCUCCCCCGCUAACCCCUUCACAGACCUCGACCCCUUCCCCUCCUCGGACAGCGACCCCUUCGCCCAGGGAGCUGACCCCCUCUGGACACCCUCGCCUCCCUCGCACUUUGACCCUUUCUUCGCCCCCGUUCGCACUUCGCGGUCGGCCCCAUGCUCCGCCCACGGCAGCCCCUCCCUCUCUGCCCUCAGAGUGCCCCCCCCCUCUCCUGCUGACCCCACCUGCGUGGACCUGGGGGGCCGUGGGGGGGGCAGCCCGCCCUUACACUCCAAAGACAACAAACGCCAGAGGAGGCAGCAGAUCGUUGGGCUUGGACCCUGGACAUCACCCACGCUACUCAGAAACAACCGCUUCUGACCGUGUUUAUCUGCUGACCUGGGACCAGUGAGAUUAAGGGAGACCGCAGGGUGGAGCUUUUCUGUCUGUGUUGAAAGGCUAACCUGGGACCGGUGAGCUUGAAAGGACAACAAAGUGUAAUGUGUUGAUGUACACAGGUUUAGAAUCCUAAAAAGUGCACAUCAGCCCAGUCAUGCCCCUACUGGAGCCUCCAGGAGACGGUGGCUGUGAAGAUCAGAUUCAUCCCUGCUUCAUAAGUCCCUGCCGUCAGAUCGGGGCGGGGCUGUGUGCUGCCUUACAGGAGGGAGUUUAAACCUGAGCACAGAGAGCACAUAGAUGCCAUGACUUUAUUCCCAAAACACAGAUGGUUCUGAGACUCUGUGGUCAGGAAUAAUUAAGAUUACCCUGAAGUAUUGCCAUUGCUGGUGCUGUUAUUUUUGCCUUCUUUAGUCACACAGAGACAGUGGUCUGCUCUGUGUCGUACUGCUGAUUGUUCUGAAACAGUGGGUGUGGGCGGAGGAGGUGCAGGAGAUGAGGCAGGUGUGUCUCUCCUGCCCUCCACUGUGUUUAAACAGGUGUAACAGGUGAGAACACGGGCGUGGGGUGGUUGUAUGGCAGUCAAAGCCCCGACAGGCAGGGAGAGCAUCGAUUCCGCAGUGUCUUAUACCCUCUGGAGCUUCACUCAAACAGCCAGCCUGUCCGUGCGACCACUGCUUGAGGCACACUCGGUAUGAGGUGGGGUUGGGUUCGGUGCCCCUAUAACUGCUGCAGAAACCUCACAGUGAAGCCACAUGCCUGCAUUUACUCAAGGUUUCACCUCAUGAGCAGAUUCCAAGCAAGCAUACCAGCCAACAGAGCUCUCGCAGACACGCAUUCCACAAUGAAGAACAAUAGGGAAAAACAGAACUUUGCACAUUCCUUUAUUUGCCAGAGAAAGUGUUCUUCCCUGGACGUGCUGCACUGUGUAGACAGCGCUGUCCGUUUCACUUUGUCUCAGGGAUGGGUGAUUCCACCAUGCCGCUAUCACUGUGCUGUGCAGCUCUCAUGUUCCUCCUCCUGUCCCUGAUGGCUGAGAACUUGGCAUGGGGAAGGGAGUCAAACUGUUUGUGCUGUUCAAGAUUGUGAACCAGGUGUCUGAUCUCUGGGGUCCAGCAUCACCCACCCACCUCUGUGUCCACACAGGUAGCUGCUACCUGCUACCACCUAAGCACCCAGAACCCUGGACCCUCACAGCUCUGAUGAAUACUCUUCCGCCGCACUUCCUCUAGAGCUCAGAGAACUUCAUUACCCAGCAUCCAUUUCCCCAUGAAUGACACAGUCAGCCUGGCACACUUCAACAUUCCAUACGCUUGUCUCUCACACACACAUCCACAGGUUGGAGCAGAGCUGAGUUUUCAUCUGUCGCUUGUGGUGUCAGCGAGGCUUUGUCUGCACCCGGAUGAGAGCAGCACCUGUGAAUAUCUAACAGAACCACAUCUCUUAUCCACCUACAAAUAGAGUUUCUCCCACCUCAUCCAGGUGAACUCCUGCUUAUAGCCAAAGGCAUGCUGUGCAUUGGCCUCAGCUUUGCUGCCUUCCACACAGAAACACUGCAUUGGUGUGACGGCUCUCUGGGUCUCCGCUGAUCGGAUUCCUCGGGUGCUAACAGUCUCGCUAAUGAGCUGUAAUGCAGAGGAAACAUUCAUCUUUCAUGCCAAAGCCAGCAGUCUUGUUACUGAAUAUAUAUUUUUCAAUAAUUAGAACAAUAAAUAAGUAC